AUGACCAGGCGUAGACUGGACUUGAUCCGCCGCUCCAUGAGACCUUACUACAACGAUGAGCGCAUGUCCGAGGUCCCCUCCGCCUCCUGCUGUUGGAGCGGCAAGCAAAGGUUUGCAGCAGCCUACAUCACCGUGCAGAGCACUGCGCUGGAGACGAAGCCAGCGCCGUUCAUGUCCGCGUUCUUCUCUCAGACCUGUAUCCUCUUUAACUACGACACGCACGACGAUGGCUUCACGGGCUUCCUCAAGCUCCGCAACUCCUCGUUCCUCCCCGCCACCACCCCAUUCGCCAACGGCGCCGGCCAUGUGCAGCCCAACCGCGCCGCUGACCCCGGCCUCGUCUACGACAUGGGCACCGCGGACUACCUCCGCUUCCUCUGCGCGCUCGGGUACAACUCGUCCGUGAUCGGCGCUACACUUGCCCGGCCACGCCGCCCAAGGUGGAGAACCUCAACUACCCGCCAGUUCGGGCGGAUGGUGUGGUCGGACGGCGCCCGGCGCCACCGUGUCCGGAUCCCGCUCGGCGCCAGGGUCGCCGAUCAGCAUAUGACAAAGAGCUCGUUCGAUCACGCAAAAACAUAG